AUGACACAGGAGAAAGAUGGGGAGAACUCUGCCCUGAGCAUCCCUCUCGGCGAGCCGCCUGCACCAACUGACCAUGCGCGAGACGGUAAUAUCCAUGAGAGCAAGCGGGAUUUUACCGCGACCUGCAGGAUUAUAGGGUGCUUUUUCGUCUUCUUCAUCACCUGGGGUGUUGCCUCCUCAUUCAGUGCCUAUCAAGCUUUUUAUCAGAAGGACUUGUUGGCCUCUCAUACGCCAUCCGUCAUAUCAUGGGUUGGCACUCUUCAGGUGUCCUUGAUGGGACUGACGGGGAUUGUCUCUGGGGCUCUCUAUGACAGAGGCUACAUUCGAACGUUGUUGGUUGUCGGGGGUUCACUGGUCACAUUUGGCUUCAUGAUGCUCAGCCUUGCCAAGGAAUACUAUCAGAUCAUUCUGGCCCAGGGCGUCUGUAUUGGAUUCGGUAAUGGAAUGCUGUAUAUACCCUCGAUAGCCGUCAUCAGCCAGACAUUCAACGCUAAGCAACGACCACUUGCCAUCGGAGGAUCAUCGUCUGGAGCAGCCGUUGGAGGCAUCGUGCUGCCCAUCAUGUUUCGUCACUUACAACCCGAGAUCGGCUUCGGGUGGACCAACCGCAUAUUCGGGUUCAUCAUGUUGGGCAUGGUAAUAGCUGCCUUCUUCCUGCUCCAGCCAGUUCCAACGCACAGACGCCUCCAGGGACAGCUGUUCGACCCUUCAGCCCUCAAAGAGCCGCCGUUUGUCGUCCUUUUGGUUGGCUUAUUCUUUGUCUUCCUAGGAUAUUGGGUGCCUUUGAUCUACAUUACGCCAUACGCCCAGUUCUCCGUCAAAACGAACGUCUCGUACGCAUUUUAUCUGCUAGCCAUUCUGAACGCGGGCAGUUUCGCCGGCCGAAUCCUCCCUGCCUUUGUCGCGCACAAAUUCGGCCCCGCGGUUGUCCUCGUAGCUGGCGGCAUCGGUCUCGGCGUAUUGAUAUUGGCGUGGAUCGGGAUCCACAACGUCCCCGGCGUCACCGUCUGGGCCGUGCUGGUGGGCUUCAUGGCAGGCAUCACAGUCGCCAUCCCCGCCGCGGUGGUUCCUCUGCUGUCACCAUCGCCGAGUGUCGUGGGCGCAAGGACCGGCAUGGCAUGGUCUGGCUCCGCUUUUGCAGGCCUGAUCGGCGGGCCCAUUGCCGGUGCUCUCGUCAACACGGCCACGGACGACUACGCGCACGGCCAAGCCUUUGGAGGCGCUGCCAGUCUCUUGGGCGGCCUGCUGCUCAUAUACCCUGCAAUCACCAUUGCCAGGGGGAACAAGCGUUAUCAAAAGCCUCCAAACAGCAAUGUAUGA